AUGAAGUUGUGCAUUUUAUUAUCUAUAUUAGCAGUAGUUGUCGCUAUAAAUGAGCUGCCCCUUGCUAAAGAAUGCGAUGAGAAUGCGUGCAAGCUGCCGAACUGCAGAUGCUCUUUAACAAGUAUACCUGGAGGGCUGGAACCAAGGAACACACCACAGUUUGUGAGCGUAACAUUCGAUGAUGGUGUAAACAUUAUCAAUAUAGAGACGUACAGGGAAAUCCUGUACGGGCGCAGAAACUCCAACGGAUGUCCGGCCGGCGCAACAUUCUACGUUAGCCAUGAACAUACUAGCUACCCCCUGGUCAAUGAGCUAUACAAUCGCGGUUUCGAAAUCGCCUUGCACUCGAUGACCCAUCAGACGCCACAAACCUACUGGGCGCAGGCGAGCUAUGACGACAUGAUGAAGGAGUUCGGAGACCAGAGAACACAAAUGUCACAUUUCGGUCUCAUCCCUAUUAACCAACUUAGAGGUGUCCGAUUGCCUUUCCUACAAAUGACUGGCAAUUCAAGUUUCCAAGUUAUGUCCGAUGUUGGACUAGUGUAUGAUUCUUCUUGGCCCUCUGUCAGAUACGUAAACCCUGGACUCUGGCCGUACACCCUUGACUACGCUUCUACACAGGACUGCAAUGUGCCGCCAUGUCCAACAGCGUCGAUCCCUGGAACUUGGAUAUUACCGAUGACUAGUUGGUUAGACCUAAACGGAGUUGCAUGUGCCAUGGUGGACAUGUGUUUUCACAUGUAUGAAGGA